CCAAACUCGAAAAAGACAACAAAAAAAUAAUUCCCAGAAGAAAAAAACAGAGGUUGGUGUUGUGUUGUGUUGGGGUCACCGAUCGCAAAAAGCCAUAGAUCCAAUUGGCCAAUUUAUAUUUAUAAAAAAAAUCUUAUAAACGAGGAACAGUCGCAGAGACAGAACUGCUGCAGCUUCCCGGUUACGAAUUUCAAAGGGAGAAACUGCAGGUGAUUGUCUGAAUCAGAAGGAUUUCUCUGAUUGCCCACGAUCAUGUCCGAAGCCGCCGUAUCGUACAGUUGCGGGUCUUGCGGGUACCCUUUGAAUUUAGAGGCUUCAAAUUGUAUGGCAUCUCGUCAUGGCGGUGGCAAGUCUUCCAAGAAGGGUUUCAUCUCGUUUGCUUCGAUUGAUUUGAGCCGCUUCACACAAGUCGACGAGAUAAACUGUUUCCGCAUCCCUUGGGGCCGGUAUAGUUUGAAAACAAAGCUCCUAUGCCGUAAAUGCGGCGUUCUGAUUGGAUAUGGAUACCGAGCUGCUCCAACGCUGUGCGGUUUCGACUCUUCUGACUCCCAUGUUUCGAGUUACAAAAAGUUUGGCAUGAAGAGCCGAGCUUUACAGCCUUCCGAAGAAGAGAGCUGACAAUGCGGGCUUGCUUUCUUACUUGAUCACAUAACUUCUGAAGUUUCUGGGGGGUGGGGUAUAGGGCAUUUUAACCUAACGAGAAACUAAUGGUCACUAGGGUUUUUCGAGAGGGGAACGAGUAUAACAUAACGAACGCUUGUUAUGUGCUUCGUCUUCGAAUCAAAGAGGAUUUGGUCCGGUUUGUUGAGGUUACCAAAUUUAUACAAGCUGUUCUGUAGUUUAGACUGCAUUACUGUGUAAGCAACCCUUUUUUUUUCAAUUUCUCUUCCGCCUCUUCUGCGACCCGAACACAGGAAGCGUGGAACAAGUUCAACUCGAAGAGCUGUCCUGAAAAUCCGGGAGUCUAGUGUUGUUUCUGCUUUGGCGUGGGAUUCGGAACUGCACGAGCCAACGAUACACAUCUCUCGCUAUAGAUCUCAUCAUCUUUGUUCCGACGGAGAGUAAGUCAGAUGCAAGGUAUGUAUUCUCUCAUCCAAUUGGGUGUUUUUGGUUUAAAGAGUUUUCAAUGCAUCUUCUCAUCCAUUUUGUUUUGAUCUUCCCUGCCAUUUUAGAGAGCAUGGAUGGAAUAUGUUUUGAUGUUGAUUUCUCUGUAUGUGUGUACCAAAGGCAGUACUUGAGCUGUGUAUUGUUGGUGUCCAUUUAUACAAAUGCA